UUCGUUGGGGGCUGUCAAAUAGUAAUUUAGUAGUCGGGUCAUUUUUUUUUCUUCGUAAUGAUUUCUCUGGUCGUGAUGUCCAAUAAUUUAGGGUUUUGAGAGAUUCAUCAUCAAGUACGCCUCAGUUUCUUCUGCCACUUCCACUGUUUUCGCAUCAGCUGCUUCGCCAUUUCUCAUCAAAGUCUUCAACUUUACGGAAAAAGUAUUCAACUUUCGCCGUUUUCCUGAUCGGUAUUCAAAGAAAAAUGGCUUUGAAAUCGGCUUCUGCGGAUAACAGAACCCGUAGCUCGAUGCAAAUCUUCAUUGUUUUUGGUUUGUGUUGUUUCUUCUAUAUAUUGGGUGCUUGGCAAAGAAGUGGUUUUGGUAAGGGAGAUAGUAUUGCUUUAGAGAUCACUAAAAAUAGUGCUGACUGUAACAUUAUCCCGAGCCUAAACUUUGAGACUCACCAUGGAGGUGAAGUUUCCUCCACCGAUGAAUCUAAGUUGGAAGAAAAGGCAUUUGAACCAUGCCGUUCUCGUUAUACUGAUUACACACCUUGUCAAGAUCCAAGGCGAGCAAUGACUUUCACAAGAGAAAACAUGUUUUAUAGAGAGAGGCAUUGUCCACCUGAGAAUAAAAAGCUGCACUGUCUUAUACCAGCUCCAAAUGGGUAUGUGACACCAUUUACGUGGCCGAAAAGUAGAGACUAUGUGCCAUAUGCCAAUGCACCUUAUAAGGCCUUGACCGUUGAAAAGGCUGUUCAGAAUUGGAUUCAAUACGAAGGAAGCGUGUUCAGGUUUCCCGGUGGAGGAACUCAGUUUCCUCAAGGAGCAGAUAAGUACAUUGAUCAGAUUGCAUCGGUUAUACCGAUAAGGAACGGGACUAUCAGGACAGCUCUCGACACUGGUUGUGGGGUUGCUAGUUGGGGUGCUUACCUUUGGAGCAGAAAUGUGAUUACUAUGUCAUUUGCACCAAGAGAUUCACAUGAAGCACAAGUUCAGUUUGCUUUGGAGAGAGGUGUUCCUGCUGUCAUUGGUGUGCUUGGAACGAUAAAGUUGCCAUACCCAUCUAGAGCUUUUGACAUGGCUCACUGUUCCAGAUGCUUGAUUCCUUGGGGAGCAAAUGAUGGGAUGUAUCUUAUAGAAGUGGAUCGUGUACUUAGACCUGGAGGCUACUGGGUGCUUUCAGGUCCUCCAAUCAAUUGGAAAAAUAACUACAAAGCAUGGCAACGUCCCAAGGAGGAGCUUCAGGAGGAACAGAGAAAGAUUGAGGACAUUGCAAAAAUUCUUUGUUGGGAGAAGAAGUACGAGAAAGGCGAAAUUGCAGUUUGGCAAAAGAGGGUGAAUGACAAAUCAUGUCGUCAGAGAAAGGAGAACCCUAAAACCAAAUUCUGCAAACCUGAAGAAGCCGAUGAUGUCUGGUACAAGAGAAUGGAAAAGUGCAUAACUCCUUACCCUGAAGGAGAUAGCAAAGAUGAGGUAGCGGGUGGAAAAUUGCCGGUGUUUCCAGAGAGACUAUACACCGUUCCUCCAAGAAUCGGUAGUGGAUCCAUCCCCGGUGUUUCUGUAGCUGCUUAUGAAGAGGACAAUAGAGUUUGGAGGAAACAUGUGAACGCUUACAAGAAAAUCAAUAGACUAAUUGAUACAGGAAGGUACCGCAAUAUCAUGGAUAUGAAUGCAGGGCUCGGAGGAUUUGCAGCAGCUCUAGAAUCAGCAAAGCUGUGGGUAAUGAACGUCAUGCCAACUAUAGCCCCGAAAAACACACUGGGUGUUAUAUAUGAGAGAGGUCUUAUCGGAGUUUAUCAUGAUUGGUGCGAAGCAUUCUCCACAUACCCGAGGACCUAUGAUCUGAUUCAUGCAAACAGGGUUUUCAGCUUGUACAAAAACAAAUGCAACCCAGAGGACAUUCUGCUAGAGAUGGAUCGGAUUUUGAGACCAGAAGGAGCAGUGAUCUUCAGGGACCAGGUCGAGGUGCUUAUAAAAGUGAAGAAGAUCGUCAGAAGGAUGAGAUGGGACAGCAAAUUGGUUGAUCACGAAGACGGCCCAUUGGUUUCUGAGAAGAUCCUCGUCGCUGUUAAGCAAUACUGGGUCGUGAACUCAACUUCCUCAAGGUAAAAACGGUUAUCAAUUUGGUUUAGUUGUACCAGUUUUGGGACUAUGAAUCUCGGUGUGUCUAUUGGUUAACCUGUACCGGUUUCCGGUUUGCCAGUUUCAGUAGGCAAUCUGUAAAGUAUGUGUACUGUAAUAUCAAAUCCAAACAUAUACUUUAUUAUAUGA